AAAAUUAUGCUGAAUAUCAAAAUAAGAAUCUUCAAGAUAAAAAUAGAAAACCAACUAGUAUUCCAAUAAAUGAUGCAAUAGCUGAUGGUACGCUGAAUAAAGUGAAUUUGGAAGAAAUAGUUAUUGGAAGCAAAAAAGAUCAAGAAUGGAUGAAAAGCUUAAGCGCAUUUAGAACCCCACAGAAUUUAAUUAAAAAAUCCAGGCACAUGAAAUUUGAAUAUUGGAAAUUGGAAAAUAAAGAAAAUAGUAAAAUAGUUGCUUAUAUAAUCGAUUAUAAUGAUGUAAGCAAUAUAAUACAUACGUGGAAAAAAGAUAAGCCUGUAAUACUCUUGACCCAUGGAUGGCUUGGGAUCUAUGAAGAAAGCGGAGUAUUUACCAUAAAAAAUGCUUACCUAAAUGAUUACCCCGAUGAUUAUAAUAUUUUGACCUUAGAUUGGGCACAUUAUUCAAAUAUUGUUAAUUACUUCAAAGUAGCUAAUCGAUGUACGAUGGUGGGAGAAGUACUCAGUUAUUUUUUGAUCCGGCUAGUUGAACUAAGAAUUGUUAUGCCUGAUAAAAUACACAUGAUAGGACACAGCCUUGGUGCUCAUACUCUUGGAGCAUGUGGACGUAAAUUUCUUCAAAUUACGUCAAUGAAAAUCGGUAGAAUCACAGGACUAGACCCUUCAGGACCCUCAUUCGCAAGAUCAUGGUACUACUGGACGGAAACCAAUGAACGAUUGCAUCAGAAUAAUGCAACAUUCGUAGAUGUGAUCCAUACGGCAAUGGGCGUAACAGGAUAUAUUGGAAGCAUGGCACAUGCUGAUUUUUAUCCAAAUAAUGGAGUAUCACCUCAGCCAGGAUGUGAAUAUAUAAAUCCAUGUGCAAAAUUUCCAGCAGUAAUCAAUACAGAAUUAUUUCACGUCACUUCAUUGCUUCACACAAAAGUCAAAAUUGAAGAGCCUCAUAAACGCAAAGACAUUAUUCAAUGCUUGAACUGCCAAGACUACGGCCACUCAAGAAAAUACUGUUCAUAUUCUCCAAGAUGUGUUCGUUGUGGUGACAACCACCCCUCUACUUCCUGUACUAAAUCCACCACCACGCCCGCCAAAUGUGCCCUGUGUAAGAGUGACCAUCCGGCCAACUACAAAGGUUGUAAAAUAUACAAAGAUCUUCAACAACUCCGGAAACCUGCCACAAAUAAUCAUGGUAACUAUCAAAAUAAUAAAAAUGUUGUAAAUAAUAUAAAUAUUACUAAAAAUACUAAUUGUGAAGCCACCCAACAGCCAACUGUCAAUGAUUAUACACCUCCAAAACGUUCUCUGACCUACGCACAGGCUACUCAUAAUAAUAACUCUGAUCCAACUUCUAAUAAUCAAAUUAACGAUAACACACUUUCAAACUUUCUUAAUGAAUUUAAAGCAUUAAUCAAUCCUUUACUUUCUCUCCUCACUACAGUUCUCGACCGUCUUCUUGCACAAAAUGUCAAGUAACUCAAAUAAUUCAUUCAC